CCCCCCAGGUAACAUAUAAGUAGCAGUGAAGCACUGCCAGUCGCUCAUCAGUCUUCAUACCAGCGCACCAGUUAGAGGCGCGAAGACAUCUACAAUAAGAACACUACAUCAUGAAGCUUUUACUCGUACUGUUCACGGUCAUGGCGGCCGCUGCAUCAUACGACAUCAUCGACGAUAAGCUCGUCAACGGCUACGGCAGAAUGGCGGUUAUGCGCGACUGCUUCGGCGACCGAGAAUACGCCCGCUACACGAGUCGCGUGAAGGCGGCUGAAGGCACCUGCCGGUCUCGCUCCUUCCAGCCCCAGACCCAACCCUUCCUGACCACAGCGCCGGUCUACCGCCGACCGUCUUAUGAGUCAGACGACGAUCAGUUCUACGACCGUAAGCGCGUACACGAGCUAUCCAUCAAGACACGUGCGCGCUUCUCAAAUGCUACGUGCGUCCUACGAGAACUGGGAUACAUCGACGGGUCGUACAACAUUCAAUACCAGACGAUGAUCGACGAGAUCAAAGACGUGGGCCGCAUCGACAAGCAGCUCAUGACCGAUCUCAUCAGUGGCAUCAACCAGUGCAAAGACUUUGCAACAUGCUUGCCGACUGAGCGCAUCCAGUACCCGAUGACAGUCGAGAGCUUCCGUUACAUUUCGUUCAGCAACUGCCGCCACCACGCCACGCUCUUUGCGUGUCUCAAGCGCAACGCGCGCCAGCAGCGGCGACAAGAAGACUACACCGGCCCCGACAACAUCGUUGAUACAGCCACCGAGGACGAGAAAAUCAUCGCUAUGCUCUGGGCCGAAGCUAAAGUCAACAGUUUUUAAAUCGUGGCGUAGAAUGAUGCAACAGAUUCAAGCCACAGCCGCGAAUUGGCUUUCUUGUUUGAAAUUGUUCAAAUACUGAAACUAUUUGCGGUGAAAUUAUUAUGUUCUGGAAUUGACCGUCGAAUUUUACGAUGCAUAAAAGUUGAGGUAAAAAUAUAUCAAAAAUUCAGAGCUUUUGCGAUUUCCGAAAUAAAAUUAACCAAUUUUGUUUCUCUUUUCCUAGUCUCUGAACUGGCACAUAAGUUAUUUAAACCUGCGCUUAGAACUUAAUUUUUCGCAUUCCCACAAUACAGCAACUUGUUUGCCAAGUUCCUUUUGUCUUCUUCUGGGCGAGUUUCAUUAAUUUUAAAAUAUUCAAAGUCUCAAUAAAAUUUUUGAAAUAAACGUUCUGGGGAGGCCAAGAUUUUUUAUUGUUUUGAGCAUUGUUAUGCUUUUGAGAUGGGGGACUAAACGUUUUCAAUCUUAGCAAAAAUUAUAUUUGGAAUCUGA